AUGUGGGACACAAUUGGGUUCAACACUCCCCCGCACGUGAGACCCCAUGUUGUGGGUCACACGUGGAGAUCCACACAUCGGCAACCACGUGGAGCCAUGUCGGGACUCACCCAUCACGCGGGGCCAUAUCUGGACCCACCCAAUCACGUGGCACCUUUGGGCCUACGUGGAGCCAUGUCGGGACUCACCCAUCGCGUGGGGCCAAAUGGGGACCCACCCAAUCACGUGGCAGAACGGGCCCGCGCCUGGCUCUGA